AUGGGUGGACGGCGACGUCAAUCGGCUCUCGCCAAAUCGAUCCAACUCGCGGUAUUUCGCGAACCACGAACAUUUCGGAAGACACUGCUGGGAUGGAUCCUGGCAUUUUUCAGUAUAUUCUAUAUCCGGCUGAUUCGCUACUGUGCAGAGCUCUUUGAGGAGCUGCGCAAGGAUGUCUGGGACAUCCACGAGGAAGAAUACAAAGCCUGCUUCCGCAGCGAGAACAAGACCUUACCUUUGAAGCCGAUGGGUGAUCUGGGAUUGUCUGGAUCGGUGCUCAUGAUCAUCCGCCAGACAUUCUUCAGCACAUCCAACAAUAAGUUUCUCGUGAAGAGCCUCCCCCGCCAUUUCGAACAUUCCUUCUUCCGCAAAGACCUCUUCCAGCCGUACUAUGAGUACAUGAGCUCCCACCCAGACUCGAUCCUCGUCUGGAUCACGGAUUACGUGUACGCUCCGUACCGAACCCUCGGCAGCAUCUUGAAGACCGCGCCUGCGCACCACAUCAUCAUGGAGAACAUGCUCUGCGGCAAGGACGGAGACCCAGCCGAGGAGAAGUGGGAGACGUACGAUCUGAAACCCAUCGAUUACUUCUAUCCGGAGCGGGAUCUGGUGCCGGACGCGCUGGUCAGCGAGGAGACUCUGAAUAGGCUGGCGGAUAAGUUUGAGGAUAAGAUACAGAUGUCGCAGGCGGAUUAUAGGAGAUUCAAGAACAUCCUGGAGGCUGACACGCACUUCCUGGAGUCAUCGAAUGCAGUUGAUUACUCGCUCUUCUUGAUCAGGUUCCCUGCUUCGUCCAACCCCGAUGUGGUCGGAAAGAGAAACCCAUGGCGGGUGGGAUUCCAAUCUCUCGACGGGAAAUGGAAGUACCGGGCAGUGAUUCUGGAUUUCUUCUGGGCCAAGCACAAGCUGCAUGCGCAAGCCAUGACGGGGAUGGUGCAGACCUUCAAUGUCAUUGGGCGCCAAGGGCCCAUGACCAUCACAACAACAGCCGACGAAUACCGAAAGAAAUUCUUGAACAUGGUGGAUGAGAUCUUGGAAGUGCGCCAGUCUUGA